CGACAACGGAAUUAAUGAAUUAAAAGGUGCUGAGAUGCAGAACUCGAGCGGCCGAAUACUCAUUUUCAUCUACGGUGGGAGGCAGAGUUAAAGCGAGAGGGAAAACAGUUUGCUUAGAACUUGUGACAAACUUUAACAAAAAGUUCUAGCACCUGAGGGAGGGGAGAGAGAGAGGACCGGACAGCCAAUAUCAUUACAUAAUAAACCGAUUACGUCCAAGCAGGACCGGUACCGACUGACACUCGACUCUAGGAUGAGCAAAUGAUUAAACUUCUGUAAACUUUAUUCGCAAUAUAUUUAUUUGGUACACAAUUAGUAAUUUGGUGAGGAAAAAUGUAGAUGGGGCGUCAAAGACUAAAUCGAGAGAUUGUUGACACCCGUGGUGUGGACAUGUUGACAUAGUUGUCAACAGUGCAUUCCACUCUGAGCUUGUGAAAGGGGACUCUUAUUGGUCUCAAGUUCCCCUCUGAUGUUUCCUUGGUCUGAAAAAUUGAAGUAGAUUUUUGUCAAAAUUACACAUUCACAAAGCAAGAGUCAAGUUCUAAUCACAAGAAAGCAUGUGCAGAGAACCAUCCAAUGAAAGAGAGCACGUGGAGAGAACUAUCCAAUGAAAGAGAGCAUGUGGAGAGAACCAUCCAAUGAAAGAGAGCACGUGGAGAGAACCAUCUAAUAAGAUAAUGAAGGCUACUGCAGACACCACUGAUAUUUCCAUGACUUCAGCAACUCCCCCCUCCUCCCGUAGCUCCUCCCCCCAGAAGGUGUGCCACUCCCAGACACAAACAGAUGUUCUAAAACCGCUGCUGGGAGGAGGGGGUGGGGCUACAACGGGGGGUGGUCCUGCAAUGUUGAGGAGAAGGCGGCGUGUGCUUUCCAAGGAUGGGCGGAGCAACGUGCGCAUCGAACACGUCAGCGGCUGGGGUGCUCUCUACCUGCGUGACCUGUGGACGACCUUUCUGGAUAUGCAGUGGCGCUACAAGCUCUUCCUGUUCUCAGCCACCUUUGCAGGCACCUGGUUCAUAUUCGGUGUGCUGUGGUACCUGGUGGCACUGGUACAUGGAGACCUACUGGAGUUUGACCCACCCUCCAACCACACCCCCUGCGUGAUGCAGGUCCACACACUGACGGCCGCCUUCCUCUUCUCACUGGAGUCGCAGACUACAAUUGGCUAUGGCUUCCGUUGCAUCACUGAGGAGUGUCCAGUCGCCAUCAUCCUCCUCAUUGUGCAGCUGGUCAUCACCAUGGUGAUGGAGAUCUUUAUUACAGGGACGUUCCUCGCUAAGGUGGCUCGGCCAAAGAAGCGAGGUGGGACUGUAAAGUUCAGUCAGCAUGCUGUCGUGGCCAAUCACGAAGGCCAUCCUUGUCUCAUGAUCCGUGUAGCCAACAUGCGAAAGAGCCUUCUUUUAGGCUGUCAGGUAACAGGUAAGCUGCUACAGACGUCACUGACCAAAGAGGGUGAGACAGUACGUCUGGACCAGAGAAACGUGUCUUUCCAGGUGGACACGUCCAGCGACAGCCCCUUCCUCAUCCUCCCCCUCACCUUCUAUCACAUCAUCGACAACAGCAGCCCCCUCCGGGCCUGGGCCGCUAAGGGCGGGGGCUGGACAGACCCUGAACUGGCUGAUUUUGAGCUGCUGGUGAUAAUGAGUGCCACGGUUGAGCCCACCUCAGCUACUUGUCAGGUGCGCACCUCCUACUUGCCUGAUGAGAUCCUGUGGGGCUACGAGUUUCCUCCUGUCGUCUCGCUCUCCCCAUCAGGCAAAUAUGUUGCAGACUUCGCCUUCUUCGACAAGGUGGCCAAGACCAAGACACCCCCCCUUUUUAAACAAGCCUCACCUGCCAGCCCCCACUCACCCUCUCUCCAAGGCAACGUAGGUGGAGAAGGUAGAAGUGUCAUGGCGGACAAGACAACACUGGAAGAAAGCUACCAAGAGGGGAGGGGGCGGGACAGGGGGCGGAUCCAGGAUAGCAGCCCCCACAGUGUUCGCAUUAGUAAUGUGUAAGGAAAGAGUGGGUGGAGCUAGAGACAGGAAUUAGUAAACACAGCAGUGAGACUGCAGACAUAUUUUUGUUAAGUAUGACAACCAUUUAGGCACAGAGAGCUAAACAUAAAAUGGAAAAAGACAGAAAGGGGACACAGGAGAAAUAUAUACUAAUACUAAACUACUAAAACAACAGGAAUCAAAGGGUUUCAUUGUAGAUCAGCUGCUUGAGGAGUGAGAUUAAAGAUGAAUAUAUGUACACACACAUAGUAGCGCACACACACAUACACUGGGCCUGCCUAGCAGGAAAGAUUGUAUCAUCACAUUGCAACAGAAAAACAUAGUGCCAUCAGCUAAAAAGGAAAACAACGCAAAAGGAUGAACACCUGUACAGCUAUGUCAUAGAAAAUAGCUUUCAUUUUCUGUAUGUUAUUCUCUAUUUUAUUCUAAAGCAUAAAAUAACAAACCACUGUUAUGAGGGUAAGAAUAGAUCAGAGGAAUUAGAGCUAUUGUUAGCAACUGUCUUUGCUUUCCUUAUUGAUGGACUGAACUGAAAUGAUAUGACAUGUAUAUAUUUUUACUUAACUGUGCCAGUUGAGUACUCAUUUGAGUACAGUUCUAGUUUUUUAAUGUCUAGAGUAUUUAGUCACUGGAACUUAUUGAUGAGGUAUGUUAUUAGUACUAAAAGCACUUUAACUCAGUGAGAGCUCUUUCUGUGCAUUGGUUUGAAAGGAGAUUAAGUUUUGGUGUAGAGCUCUUCUCUCAAUGUCUGUGGGCAGCCAUGCCCUUGUGUCUCUGUGGCAUUUAAGCCUAUGACUUGAAGAAACGUAGGCUGGCAAAAAGCAUUUUUUCAACAUAAAAUUUCAUAAAUAUAGGAAAUACAUUUCUGAACUUUAAUAGACACUAUUGCAUAUCAACAGGAUAUAAAUGAACUCUUAUUUUUAUUGUUGUUGCCUUUGUUGUUGUAUGAGGCUUUAAUUAUUGUUUAAUAAGCAAAUAAAAGUGAUGUGUCCUUGUCUAUCAGAAAGAAGCUUACUGGACUUUCAUGCCCAGUAGGUCUCAGUUUUAAAAAGCCCAGUGUUCAGCACCUUAACUGCUAAUGACUUUAAAUGACUGCUUUUAAUAAAUUAUCACUUCUGAAGAGGUUA